GAGAGUAACCAUCCGCUCUCCACAGCUCACGGCUGCUGCUCCUGCUCACACGCGCCCGGUGGCUUGUGUAGUCCGCUCACGGAGCAACCAGUUCUCUUCUCUCCCCGAGCGAUGGCCGGGCGGAGCGGCGUCUCCAUGGUCGCGGCGCACCGGCUGUUCGCGCCGGCGCGGGCGCCGCACGCCGCCGCCGCAGACCAGGGCGUGGAGCUCGACGAAGCGGACGUCAUCUGGGGUGGUACCGGCGCAUCCUCGUUGUCGCCGUCGUCUGUGUCGCCUUUCUUGCACUCCUCCGCGGCCGACCCGUACGCGUGGUCCCCGCCGGUGGCUGCGCCGUCCAAGCCCAAGCCUCGCGGCGGCGGGGGCCCGGGGCCAGCGUCGGUGCCGGUGAACAUCCCGGACUGGUCCAAGAUACUGGGCGCGGAGUACGCCGGGAGCUGCGCUGGCGCCGGCGCGCGGGGGUGGGCGGCGCACGACGACCGCGCCGACGCCGAGGAGGUGGGCGGCCGGAGCUGGGUGCCGCCUCACGAGAUGCUGCAGUGCCGGGAGCGCGCCGCCGCGUCCUUCUCCGUGCGCGAGGGCGCCGGCCGCACGCUCAAGGGCCGCGACCUCCGCCGCGUCCGCAACGCCAUCUGGGAGAAGACCGGCUUUCAGGACUGACACCGUGACCCCACCUCCGCCGCCCACCUUGACGGCGGCAUGGCCUGUGCGACCUUACUGAUCCCGUUCUCGCCUUGAGGAGGAAGGAAGAGCAGCGUUCGUUUGAUCAGUGACCUUAAUCCUUAUGGAUUGAUUUGAUGAGUUUUUCUUUUCUUUUCUUUUUUCUGUUCGUCGCCUUCUAGCUGUGAUCGAUGAGGGUUGAGGAGAGUAGAGAUCAAAGCCUCUGUUUUUGGCACUUUUUCCCCGGAGAGGCUCAAUCCAUGUAUACCCCUAUUAACAUUAUUUAUCGCCACCUAGUUUAAUCUUGAUUACUACUAAUGAUCUGCUUUUAUUCUA